CAUUGCAUUUUUCCGUUUCAAUUAGUGCCCAUUUUUAAUUAAUAAUUUUGCUUUUUUGAACUUUUUUCUUUGAACCCAAAAACAAAUCACCUCUCUCUCACUUGCUUCCUUCCUAAAAGUAGGCUUUGAAAUUGUAUUUUGUAUUUGCACUUCAACUCUUCUGUGUGCUCUUCAAGUUAUACUGUUCCUCUGGCACCAUUAUUAGUACCACCUUCACCUCCUCUCUUGCCUCUCAUUCUUCUCUUUGCUUUAAUGGCCUCCUCUUUCCCUUCAUUUCCAUCUCUCUUUACACCUUUUCUUCUUAUUUUUUUUCUUCUUCUCCUUCUUCUUCUUCCCCCACUUCCAUUCUUAAUCCCUACCACCUCUCACGCUUCGGUUCUUUGAUUUUCAUCUUCGUUUUCAGAAUACCCUUUUGCCCAUUUCUUCUCGUAUUCCGUUUUGCUUGACUUUUCUGAGGUGGAUUUUUCAUCUGUUUUUGGCGGUUGGAUGUGGUUAUUUAAAACUGGCCCUUGAGGUGUUUGUGUUCUUUGCUUGACUAAAAAGUGAUUUGGGAUCUUUGUGGUAGAGUUUGUUUCUUUGGUCUUUAUGUAAGUUCUCUUUGAUUAUUUAGCAUUUGGGAGUUAUUUUUCUUUUUGAGGUGGAAUGUUUCGAAUUAGAAACUGAUGAAUUGAUUGAAUAUUUGUAAUGGAAACAUGUUCUGUUUCUUGUCUUAAGGGCAUAUGUUUGUAUUUAUUGAUUUUGUAUUGCAGUGUUGAUCAAUGCAUAAGGAUAAAGGUUUAAAAGCUAAAGAAGAAGGAAAAGGAAAGUUGUGUAGGUGUAAUGGUUUAAGGAAGAAUAAAGAUAUGAUGUUUGGGGAUUUAGUUCCCCGUAGUUCCGCACCACGAUUCAUCAGGGACUGUGGUGUUGGUGAAUCCUCGUGUUUGAAACCUCAGGAUGCAGAUUAUUCCAUUCCUUUAUUUGCUGAUGAGUUGGAGCUUUCAAUCUUGGCUAGGUUUCCUCAAUCCGAGCAAUGGAAGUUGUCUUGUGUGAGCAAGAGAUAUUUAACUCUUGUAAAGAGUGGUGAACUAUAUAGGAUUAGGAAAGAAAUCGGAUACCAAGAGUCAUCUGUUUUCAUGUUAGCAAGUGGGGAGAGCAGCUGGAUGAUGUUUGAUCGGACUUUUCAGUCGUGUCGUAGGCUUCCUGUCCUACCAUCGGAUACUUGCUUUUUGGAUGCAGAUAAGGAAUCACUUUGUGCAGGCACAGAUCUUAUUGUUACUGGUCGAGAACUUACAGGAGGUGCCAUUUGGAGGUAUCAGCUGGUUGAGAACAAAUGGACCAAAGGCCCUUCUAUGAUCAGUCCAAGGUGUUUAUUUGCAUCUGCCUCUUGUGGUUCUGAUGCAUUUGUUGCAGGAGGGAUUGCUCUAGAGUUCAGCACGGAAGGUGCUUUUGGUAUGGGGAUGGAAUAUGGACAAACUGUCUUGAACACUGUAGAGAAGUAUAGUCCUGAAAGUUCAUCAUGGGAGCCUCUCCCGAAUAUGCACCGGUCGAGGAAAAAGUGCUCGGGCUGCUUCAUGGAUAAUAAGUUCUAUGUCAUUGGAGGAAGAGACAAAGAUGGAAACCAUCUCACUUGUGGCGAAGUCUUUGACAAGGAGAAAAACUUGUGGGAUUUGAUUGAAAAUAUGCUAGAAGACACCCCAAUUUCAACUUCUCAAUCGCCUCCUCUUGUUGCAGUUGUGAACAACGAGCUCUACUCACUCGAACCGGCUUCAAAUGAGUUGAAAGUGUAUUUGAAAGAGAGAAAUGAGUGGAAGAACUUGGGUCCAGUUCCAGUUCAUGCUGUUGUAAACAAAGGUUGGGGAGUUGCAUUCAAGUCACUGGGGAGUGAACUUCUGGUGAUUGGUGCAUCCGUAGAAUCAUCUACAAACAAUUCCAUGAGCAUAUACACUUGCACCCCAGAUCCAAGGGCUGACCGAUUGCAGUGGAAGCGUCUUGAUGGCGGCACAAACCAUCUAAGUCCAUUCAUUCUCAAUUGUUGUGUCAUGGUUGCUUGAGUAAGCCUUUAUCAAAUCAUGCUGGUUGUCUAUGGUGUUCAAAUAAAUAAAACGAAUACCUUAUUUGGUACUCGCACUUGUCAUUGUCUUCGAGUUAAGUGGCUUUUCUAGAUUUAUGUCUUCGUAAUCUACAAGAUAAGCUUGUUGAAUUUAUCUUUUA